UCUAGAUAUCGUUUCAAACCCACAUCCUCCUCCAAUCUCUUCCUCUCGUUCUCCAUUUCUGAUCAUCUCAUUGAUUAAUGCAAAACUUUUUCUGGAUGACAGAGGAAAAGAAGGGAUCACUUCCUCAACAACUUUCGAUCGUGCAGUAAUCUGUGAUGCCGGCGUCAAGAUGAGUUCUUGCUCUUUUUUCCCUGUCAGCAGACUCUCCCGCCGUCCAAGAUCAUCGUUGGAUUGCUUCUUUAUGAUUCCAAAAUCUCCAAUCGGGCGUCAAGAUUCCAUUUUGGUUCGUGCAAGAGCUGCCCAAAUCAGAUUCCGUCACUCCCACGAGCAAAGCUUGGUACUGAAGCAGAGGAACAAUCUCCCAUUGAACGUCGUUACGGAUUCCCAAAUCGGCAGUGGCGGCGGAGAAGCGGAGGAGGAGGAGGAGGAUGUUUGCCCGGUAGACUGCGUGAGGGAGUUCAAGACGGAGGAUGAGUUCUCGAGGAUCAUGGAGAGGGCCAAGGCGGCGGGGGCGCUCGUGGUGGUAGACUUCUACCGCACCUCCUGCGGCAGCUGCAAGUACAUCGAGCAGGGCUUCGCCAAGCUGUGCAAGUGUGCUGGCGAUCGCCAGGCGGAGCCGGAGGUGGUCUUCUUGAAGCACAAUGUUAUUGAUGAAUAUGAUGAGCAAUCAGAGGUUGCAGAACGGCUGAGAAUAAGGGCAGUGCCACUGUUUCACUUCUAUAAAAAUGGAGUGCUGCUGGAAGCAUUUCCAACCAGAGACAAGGAGAGGAUUGUAGCUGCCAUUCUCAAAUACACUUCUUCGGCAUAAAUGUGCAUGUUGGAGAUGCUGCUUCACGAGCUGCAGCAGGUAAUCAACCUGCAGUGAUACAACAUUCCACUUCUUUGCCUAUAUUCGCCAUGGCUAUUUCUUCAGGGGCUUGAAGCAAUGUGGUAGUUUGCCAUUCUUCACUUAUACACGUGUCCAUGAAAAUUUAUGGUUGACGGAUUCUGAUUCAGUUGAUAAAUUUGUCAUCAUUCAAGAGCUGUUGAAUCUUCACCUUCCUCUUCAUCUAUAGUUAAAGUCUAUAACUCAAAUUUUAUUAGAUUUGGCUGAAAGAAUUGCGAUACGUAUGUGAUGUUUCUAGCUCUGUGGUCUAGAGAUGAACAAAUUACUAACAGCUGUGGACAUUAGAAAGAGAUUUACAUGUUGCUGUUUCAUCAA